AUUAACAACUUUAAGACCUGCUUAAGCAUGUUUUGGCGUUUAUAAACACAAAACUAAACUACUAUUAGGUUGAUUGGUUCAGUACACGGUGGUAUUAUCAAUGGUCGCUAGUCAACAUGCCAAGAAUUAAGAAUCUAAACACACCAAGAAUUAAGAAUCUAAACACGGAACUGCAUAUUAGGCCUGCCACUCUAUUACCAAGGUCUUUAUAAGGGCUUUGAGUUAUCGUUUGUGUAUUGCACAAGAAUUGGAACAAUGUCCAAGUGAGAUUUACCUGUGCAAGAGAAUGGCCACAGUAAAGCAAGGACUGUUUGUAGUGGUAUGGGAGUGGGAGAACAAGCAGCGACGAUGGCGACCCUACACCCCAGAAGUCACGCAGCUACUGGAACGUGCUUACUCCAAGAACCUGCGCUCUGUUUUUCUUGGAGAUUCAGAUCCUGCUCUCAAAAACUAUUGUGUUCACCUUCCUGAAAUGGAGCAGGAAUGUAAAGCUUCAGGAGAGACUGUAAAGAUACGUCGAUUUUUUUAUGCCCAGAGUUCUCCAGCGGGCCAGGGAGCUGUGUGGCAAUGGGCAGGAGAUGUGGCGGGUGACUGGCAUGUAUAUGACAUGUGUGUGCAGUGUAUCAUCGAGGAGUCUUGGGGUUCUGGAGCCCAAAUAGUAGACUUGAGUCAUUCUUUCCGACUGUGCCCCUACGUCAUAAAUUUCUGCAACCUUACUCAAAUGAACAGCAGAACCGGUUUUAUCCGUUGCAUCAGAAGAAUCCAACAAGCAGCUUAUCCUGUUGGGAGACGACCAGUUACCCCCCAGCAGUCACAACUUGGCCCGGGACAUGUGACAGCUGAAAGUAGUAAUUCAUUCAACAACAUAAAUAGUGUACUGACGAUGCAACCUGUGGCCAGUGUGUCGGGUGCAAAGCCCAGAAGGAGAGGCAGUCGAGGAGAUGAUGCAGAUUCAUCCACAUCAGAUGCGAAGCCACGCACCUUAAUGAACAUGGUGUUUGGACGUAGUAAUGGGAACAGCAGCAAGGGAGGUACCGUGAAUCAACCACAUAAUGAUGGGGGUGAUGGACAGUUGGCAGGUGACCAUAAAACAGGGAGAGAUGAUGCAAGCCCUCCUAAACCUUUGCCUCGUAUUUUUCUUCCUCCUAAACCCAAGCCUCGAACCAAUCCACCACCAAAACAUUCACAGCUUCAGCCCACAAUUGAUCAGCCUCAAUUCUUCAAUGAGCAACAUUACAGUCAACGACAACAAUUAAUAGAUGACCAGGAAGACCCCAGAAUGUUACGAAAUGAAUCUGCAAUGGGCAGAUUUGGAUCAAACCACACUUUAGACUCUGACUGUAGUUCAAUAAACAGUGGGCGACGACCAAGUGUGGACACCACUUCCACCUAUCUCUCCUUGGAAUCUGUUACAGUUGAUGAUGAACUCAGCCAAAACUCAAGGUACCACAGUCCUGUUGAACUUGGUACGUGCAGUCCAGUUGUAGACCGACUGGUGCAAGUUGACUCGGAUGAGAAUAUGGAUGAUGAUGUCUUCAGCGAGGAUCAGGAGGUGCAGGCGGUCAUGAGAGGUGCAGGAAGUCACUCGUCUCCUUCACGAGCACCUUCUCCUCUCACUCUGUCACAUUCACACCAUCACAGUCGCCAAAUGUCCAACCACCACUCUGUGCCUUUUCUUGCUGCACAGUCACAGAGUUCCUCUCCUCAUCAGAGCCACUUCAUGCCCAUCAAUGCACCACAGCCAGGCUCAGACUUGGGUCUGCAGGUUAAUGGUAUCAAGCGGAAAUAUAAUGUUUGGAAUUCCUCGCCUGGUCACUUGCACAAGGCUUCGUCUGGAGAUGGGCAUAAUGACAAUAUAAUGCAGGACACUCAUUUUCGUAAUCAUCACUCAGAUUAUAAACCACAGCAUCGUUCCAGAGCACCAAUUGCAGCAGAGGACCAGUUACUGGUUCAGCACACCAAUGUGGUACUGUCACCCCCAGAUGAGAUGUGUUCUAUUUGCAUGAGCAGUUUACAGGAACCAUCUGGAUACUUUGAUGAUAAUGAGGCGGUUGGGGCUGCUUCACGCAUGGCAGGCCUCGGAAGCGAUGGUGUGGUGAGACUUAUUUUGUGUGAUCACCUGUUUCACUUGGCAUGUGUAAGAGAAAUGGCUAAGAACUCUCCUCAAUACCUGGAGUGCCCCAAUUGUAAGACGCUACAUGGGGAGAAGCAUGGCAAUCAGCCCAAUGGCCACAUGAACAUCAACAUUAUAUCAAGGCCCCUUCCUGGUUACCAUAAUUGCAGUACUAUACAGAUCACAUACAAUAUUAGCAGUGGUAUCCAAGGUCCCGAACAUCCAAGACCUGGCCGACCUUAUCAUGCUAUUGGUUUUCCCCGGACUGCAUAUUUACCCAAUAAUGACAAAGGCAAGAAGGUAUUGAAACUGUUGCAAGAAGCAUGGCGGCGACGUCUGGUGUUCACCAUUGGCACAUCAGUUACUUUAGGAAUACAGGAUGCAGUCACCUGGAAUGAGAUCCACCACAAAACUGAAUGGAAUAAUGCUGGUGGGCAUGGAUACCCUGAUCCAAACUACCUUGACAAUACACUAAAGGAGCUUGCUUUACAUGGAGUUACCGAAACAACGUUAGUGUAGCUGUUUACUCGUAUCAGAGAUGUAACACUUUGGUAUUUGUUGACUUCCACCCACACAAGCACUGCUGUAGACUCUAAAACUAUUAAGUGUACCCAUGCAGAUAAGAAAAGGAGGACUGUAUAUAUGAUGAGAGCAAACAUUAAGUGAGAAGAUUAGUCAAGCACAAAAAGAGCAAAGUGAAUGAGGAGUUAGACAUAAAAUCAAAUAACAAUUCACGAAAUGAAAACCCAUUUUGGAAAAGUUAGAAAGUGCAGCAGAGACUGAUGGAAAUGUCACUCUAAAUAUUGAUGAUAAAUACAAUAUUGGAAACAAAUAAUUAAUCAAAAAUAUAUUAGGACUUGGAGGAAUGAGUAUUUUGAUAGUGAAAUUGAUGAAGCUCAACUGUGAACAUGGCGGCUUUUGUGGUAAAGGAAAAGUUGAAGAUAGAAUAUUGAUACAAGAGAGAAGUGCAUCAGUACACAGGGUGAAAUGUGGAAAAGUUGCACAUACAGUAUUGUAUUCAUAAGGCAAAUUUUAAAAGGCAAUUUUAGAUUUAGUAUUAUGUACUAUAUUAUAAUAAAAACUCGAUAGUC